AUGAGGGGUCUCCUGGUGCUGGCCCUCGUGGUCGCAGUUCUAUGCACAGUCGAUGCUGAGCGUCAUCGGCGACGACACCGACGGCUCCGGACAACCACCACGGAGCGACCAGCUCCGCCGGAAAUAGCGGUGCCAGUGCGCGAGGACUCAGAGGCUGAGCACCUCGAGCUCGGCAUGGCGGAGAGACUGGACGAGAGGCGCUUCCAGGAUGCGGAGAGAUCACGUGUCAACGAGAUCAUGAACGAAGCGUCCUCGCGCGAGGGCGCCGGCAGCGACAACGAAGUCAACGUGUUGGACGAUCCCUGUCUGAGGGUACACUGCAGCGCUGGACGCGUGUGUGAGAUUGACGAACACGGAGACGCUGUCUGCAACUGCAUCAAGGAGUGCCCAUACGAGACAGACUCUCGCCGGAAGGUGUGCACGAACCACAACGAGACCUGGACGUCAGACUGCGAGGUGUACCAGCAGCGCUGCCUGUGCCUGGACGGGUCCGAGCUGUGUCGCGGCCCGCAGUACCACCACGUGCAGAUCGAGUACUAUGGCACGUGCCGCGAGAUGCCGGAAUGUAGCGAGAACGAGAUGUUGGACUUCCCCCGGCGCAUGCGUGACUGGCUGUUCAACAUAAUGCGUGACAUGGCGGAGAGACGCGAGCUGACUCCUCAUUACCUGAAGAUGGAGCGCGAGGCCGAAUCCAACCUCACCCGGCGCUGGACUAACGCAGCCAUCUGGAAGUGGUGCGACCUCGACGCGCACGACAACGACAGGUUCGUAUCCCGGCACGAGUUGUUCCCGAUCCGCGCACCGCUGAUGGCCUUGGAGCACUGCAUCGCGCCCUUCCUGGACCGCUGCGACGAGGACGACGACCACCGCAUCACGCUCGCCGAGUGGGGCAAGUGUCUGCAGCUGGACGAGUACGAGCUGGAGGACCGCUGCGACGAGUUCACCGAGGACCCGCCGUCCGGGCUCUGA